AACUCAUAAAGAGGAAAAGACCUUACUAAGCGCGCCAAUUUAAGAACCAAUCCACUAUUUAAAAUAACGGCGUUAAUCACAAAUGGAACAUAUGCAAAUCAUUGAAGAUUGAUAACACACACUCAUCUGUCAAUCACUGUAAAAUAAUUCUUGAUAUUGCAAACAGAUGUUUAUGUCAAGAGAGGAGAAAGAGAGAACACCAAUAAGGUCCCUCAAAGGACGCACGGAAUAAGGGAAAAUAUUCAAAAAGUAAACGAUUCCUUAAAAAAAGGAAAAAUCUAUUAAUUUAUUGUCCAAUAUGAAUAACAACCUAACAAAUAAUGCUGGUGGUGGCGGUGGUGCCACAACACCCGGUGGAACAGUGGUCAAUGUCGAAGAAAAUGUCUCGCUGCUUUCGGAAAUCUCCGAUAUUAUGCGUAGCUUUGGUGACAGUGACCAGCCGCGAAUGGAAAGUGUUAAGCUGGUGGAACACAUACUACAGCAACAGCUGCGAGGAAUGUUCAACGAGGCCUCCUUGGUGGCGAUGAAACGUAAAAAUAAUCCUUGUCCCUCACAGGCAGACUUCGAGUUCCUCAUGCGCAAUCAUCCGGUGAAAAUUGCUCGUAUGCGUAAACAUUUAAAGGAUAUGAGAAUCCUUAAGAAAUUCUUAAGUAUACGCACAGGAAGACCACAAGAUUUUAUGGAAGAUUUAGAUCAACAGGACUCCGAUGAGGAAUUGGGCAUUGAUGUACCCGAGAUGUACGAUGAAGAUCGGACUAGGAGACUUUUCCGAGCUGAUCGCAUAUCACAGAUAUUAAGUGGCCAACAAUAUUUGGAAUUCAAUGAGGCUCGCAAAACUUCGUUCUAUUGUCGUCAUGGGGAGAAAAUCAAAAAUAAAUUUCGUCGUUUCCUUGAUCUUCCGGCUGAUUUGAGAAUACCCACAACCACAAUGAAUAUAUUGGCAUAUUUUGCUCAUGAAACGAUUGCGGUUAUUGUGGAUUAUGCCAUAUUGACUCGAUUGAAUUCAUCGAAUCGUAUUACGGAGCCGUUUAGUCGUGUCACCUCAACGGGGGCAUCACCGGCCAUGAUGCACAUUUGUCCCGAGGUCACCCAGGGUCGUGGCAUGGAAGUUGUUAAACCCAUAAGUGUCCAGGAAAUUCACGAGGGAAUAAGACGUUUCCGUCAAAUGACCAGCAAAAAGGUGGGCUUCUAUAGAAGUACAUGCGAUACGGAUUUUCGACGCUCCUUUUUGGCAUUGUAAGGCGUGGUGUUUGCAAGACAGUAGGUAUUUUACUCUUUUUAUAAAUUCUCAAUAUUUGAAUGAAUUUAAUACUGGUAGAUUUUAAUUAUUUUAGCUGAUUGGAUACUCGAAAAAAAAUAGUUUUAAGUUUUGGAAUUAAAAAUAAAUGAAAAUAAAAAAAUAUUAAUGGAUACUUUUCCAUUAUUUUUGUGGCUCUA